GUUGUUAGAGAGGUGGCGGUGGAAUAUAUAGGUAGCUAGGGUAGAUAAAUGCAAAUGAUCAGUAGUUGCGGCGGGCGGGAUUCAAGAAAUGACGGACAUAGUGGUGUCGCAGGGGAACAGGACGGAGGAGACGAUAGUAUGUUACGCGCCGACGAUGAUCACGACGCAUGGGAUAUGGCAGGGUGACAACCCUUUGGAUUACUCCCUCCCUCUCUUCAUUCUUCAGUUGACUUUGGUCGUUGUCACAACUCGCCUUCUGGUUUUCAUCUUGAAGCCCUUUCGCCAGCCUCGCGUCAUCGCUGAAAUUCUCGGCGGUAUCAUUUUAGGUCCAUCCGUGCUGGGAAGAAGCGACACAUUUGCCUUGACCGUUUUCCCUCUAAGAAGUGUGAUGGUUCUUGAGACAAUGGCCAACUUGGGGCUUCUAUACUUCCUCUUCCUCGUGGGAUUGGAGAUGGACCUCAGCGUCAUUCGCCGCACCGGGAAAAAGGCCUUGGCCAUUGCCAUCGCGGGCAUGGUCCUACCCUUUCUCAUUGGCGUCUCCUUCUCCUUCACAUUGCACCGCGGCUCCCAAGUCAUGAAACAAGGAACAUUCAUCCUCUUCCUCGGCGUUGCCCUCUCCAUCACCGCCUUCCCUGUCCUCGCUCGCAUACUAGCAGAGCUGAAGCUGCUUAACACAGAAAUCGGCAAGAUCGCCAUGUCUGCCGCGCUCAUCAAUGAUGUGUGCGCGUGGAUACUGCUGGCCUUCACCAUCGCCUUAGCCGAGAAUGAGACCAUGACGUUAGCUUCCAUUUGGGUUCUACUCUCGAGUGUGGCCUUCGUGUGCGUGUGCGUAUACGUAGUGAGGCCAUUCAUAGAGUGGGUGGUGAGGCAAACUCCAGAAGGGGAGCCAAUCAGCGAUUUCUACAUAUGCCUCAUCCUUACAGGGGUCAUGAUAUCCGGCUUCAUCACAGAUGCUAUUGGGACACAUUCUGUGUUCGGCGCGUUUGUGUUCGGACUGGUGAUUCCAAACGGGUCGCUUGGCGUGACCCUGAUCGAGCGGUUGGAGGAUUUCGUGUCGGGGCUUCUUUUGCCGCUCUUCUUUGCGAGCAGUGGGCUGAAGACAGAGAUAGGGGCCAUAAAAGGAGUGGGGACGUGGUCCAUUCUGGGAGUGGUGAUCGUGCUUGCCUGCGUGGGGAAAGUCGCGGGGACGCUUCUGGUGGCACUCUACUACAAAAUGGCAUUCAAUGAAGGGCUCACGCUCGGGCUGCUCAUGAAUGCCAAAGGCCUGAUUGAGAUGAUCGUACUGAACGUGGGGAAGGACCAGAAGGUGUUGGACACCGAGUCAUUCGCAAUCAUGAUAGUGGUGGCAGUGCUGAUGACAGCCAUAAUCAGUCCGGUGGUGACAACAAUCUACAAGCCCGCAAGAAAGUUCGCGCCGUACAAAAGAAGGAGCGUCGAGAAGACGAAGGCGGACAGCGAAUUCAGGGUCCUGGUUUGCAUCCACACCCCGAGGAACGUCCCGACGAUCAUCAACCUGUUGGAGGCCUCCCACCCCACUAAGAAGUCCCCGAUAUGCGUCUACGUCUGCCACCUGGUGGAGCUCACGGGCCGGGCCUCCGCCAUGCUCAUCGUGCACAACACCCGCAAAUCGGCCGGGCGCCCCGCCCUGAACCGCACCCAGGCGCAAUCGGACCACAUCAUCAACGCCUUCGAGAACUUCGAGCAGCAUGCGGGGUGCGUGUCGGUGCAGCCCCUCACCGUCAUCUCCCCCUACUCCACCAUGCAUGAAGACAUAUGUGGGUUCGCUGAGGACAAACGGGUUGCUAUCGUUAUCAUCCCCUUUCACAAGCAGCAAACCGUUGAUGGAGGCAUGGAGUCCACGAAUCCGGCAUUCCGUGCCAUCAACCAGAACGUCCUCGCCAAUGCUCCUUGCUCCGUCGGAAUCCUCGUCGACCGUGGUUUCAGCGGCUCCACCAGGUUGGCCUCUCCCAUGCAGGUUGCACACCACAUCGUCGUUUUAUUCUUCGGGGGGCCAGAUGAUCGUGAGGCGUUAGCUUACGGGAUGAGAAUGAGUGAGCACCCGGGGAUUAGUCUGACUGUGAUGCGGUUUCUUCAUGGCGACGCUACAUCAGCUGGAGAGAGCGGCAGCGGUCGGGCUGUGCAUACCACUAACUCCGCGGUGCUGACCGUGGUCACAGAUUGCGAUAAAGAGAAGCAAGUGGACGAGGAGCAUGUUAAGCAGUUCCGGAUGAGGACGGAGAAUGACGAGACGGUUGCGUACACCGAGGUCGCUGUGAACCACGGGGAGGAAACGGUGGCCGCCAUUCGGUCCAUAGACAAUAAUGUGCAUGACUUGUUCAUAGUGGGAAGAGGGCAGGGCAGUGUGUCUCCGUUGACUGCGGGCUUGACCGACUGGAGUGAGUGCCCGGAGCUCGGCGCCAUCGGGGAUUUACUCGCAUCCUCGGACUUCGCAUCCACUGUAUCCGUUCUGGUGGUGCAACAGUAUGUGGGGAUUGGAUUCGAAGGUGACCCGUUAGCGACGCCGCCAGAUAGCCCAACACAACAACAUCAACCUUUUAACUUCGCCGGCGGCGGUUAUAUGAAUAGACGAACUCCACCCGCGGGAGAGCACCCCACCUUGUUCCACUCGCAGCCCUAGCUAAGCUAGGUAGAUAUAUAUAUAUAUAGAUCACGCCACCCACGUUUAAUCAUAUCUAUCUUUUUAGUUUUCAUUCUAUCAAUUUAAUUUCCCAUCUGUAUGUAUAUAUACUAGACUAGACUAGACUAGAUACUUCAUGUUUCACUUUUGUUUAUUAAAUUAGAAAUUGCCCUAAAUAGGAGCAAAAAUGUUUUGAAAUUCCAAAAUAGGAGUAUCGUAUUUUUUAUUCCCA